CGGCCGCCGCUGGGGGCCGGGCCGGGGAGCCUGCGGCAGCGGCUGCUGGAGAGCCGCGGCGGCUGCCGGGGGUGGGGGGGGAGCCGAGCGGAGGGAGAGGGGAGGGCCCCGGCCGCCCUGCCCUCCGCCCUCCCGCCUCGCCUCCUCCACCCGCCCUCCGCCGCCUCGCCCGUGCUCUGCUGCCCCCCCGCCACCGCCCCCCACUCCUCCGCCUUCUCCUCCUCUCCCCCGCCUCCCCUCGCCGCCCGGCAUGGAAGGCGGCGGGGGCGGCCCUGAGGGGAUCGGCCUGGCUAAAAUGUUCACCAGUCCCUUGGCAACUUUCUCCAGAAGAAGAAUUCCUACUGCUCUGCUCUUGCCAUAAUCCUGUGACCUACACCUCAGUGCUAACCACCAGCAGAGAGUCCUCUUUUUGUUCACUCUGUGUAGAUGGAACCGGGCAUCGUUCUGGAGAGUCCCUCCUGAGCUCAAGCUGCUUUGUUUGCUCUUUUGUUUUGCUUUUGGGGUUUUGUUUUCUGGGAUUAAAGGUGCUCCAUGAAUCAGGGCCUCCCAAAUGACUCAACCAGCCAAUUCUUGCCAACAGUUGGUUGAAAACUGUGCCACGCAUGUAGCAGGGAUGGCACAAGAGGACAGUUGCCGUGGGCAAGUGCCAGCCACGUUUUAUCACGGUGCCAGCCAGGAACUUGAUCUGUCCACCAAAGUGUACAAGAGAGAGUCAGGAAGCCCUUACUCCGUGCUGGUGGACAGCAAAGUGAGCAAACCACAUCUCCAUGAGAGAGAGGAGCAGCCAUAUUUCAGGGAGAACAGAUCAGUGGGAGAGGUCCGGGCUGUGAAAGAAGAUAGAGAAAACUCUGACGACUCUGAGGAGGAAGAAGAGGAGGAAGAUGAAGUGACUUACAAAAGGGAGCAGAUUAUAGUAGAGGUAAACCUUAACAACCAAACAUUAAAUGUAUCAAAAGGGGAGAAGGGUGUCUCCUCCCAGUCCAAAGAGACUGCUGUUCUUAAGACCAGCAGUGAGGAAGAGGAGGGUGACAGUGGGGACGAUGACACUGAAGACAGUGAUGAUUAUGAGCAAAUUGAGAGGCAGAAGAAAAAGGAGAAAAGAGUGGAAAAAGUUAGUGUUGCACAGAGGAGAACGAGGAGAGCUGCAUCUGCUGCAGCAGCCACCACCUCCCCGCCACCCAGAGCUACAAGGGGUCGUAGAAAGAGUGUGGAGCCCCCCAAGCGUAAGAAGAAAGCUGCAAAGGAGCCCAAGGCACCUGUGCAGAAAUCAAAGUGUGAAGAGAAGGAGACUUUAACGUGUGAGAAGUGCCCCAGGGUGUUUAACACCCGCUGGUACCUGGAGAAGCACAUGAACGUCACCCACAGGCGCAUGCAGAUCUGCGACAAAUGUGGGAAGAAAUUUGUUCUAGAAAGUGAGCUCUCCCUUCACCAGCAAACUGACUGUGAAAAAAACAUCCAGUGUGUUUCCUGUAACAAAUCCUUCAAGAAGCUCUGGUCCCUCCAUGAACAUAUCAAAAUCAUCCACGGAUAUGCAGAGAAGAAGUUCUCCUGUGAGAUCUGUGAGAAGAAGUUCUACACCAUGGCCCACGUGCGGAAACACAUGGUUGCACACACAAAGGAUAUGCCAUUUACAUGUGAAACCUGUGGAAAGUCCUUCAAACGAAGCAUGUCCCUCAAAGUCCAUUCCCUGCAGCACUCUGGAGAGAAGCCCUUCAGGUGCGAGAACUGCGACGAGAGGUUCCAGUACAAGUACCAGCUGCGCUCCCACAUGAGCAUCCACAUCGGGCACAAGCAGUUCAUGUGCCAGUGGUGUGGCAAGGACUUCAACAUGAAGCAGUACUUUGAUGAGCACAUGAAGACACACACUGGAGAGAAGCCUUUUAUCUGUGAAAUCUGCGGGAAGAGCUUCACCAGCAGGCCCAACAUGAAGAGGCACCGCAGGACUCACACGGGGGAGAAGCCCUACCCCUGCGACGUCUGCGGGCAGCGCUUCCGCUUCUCCAACAUGCUGAAGGCUCACAAGGAGAAGUGUUUCCGAGUCACCAGCCCUGUGGCCGCCGCCGCCGCCCAGAUCUCCCUGCCCGCCCCUUCCCCUGCCACCGCCAUGCCCACCGUGGGCAGCGCCCCCGCCCCGGCUCCGCCGCUCAACCUCAACCCCGUGGGCACGCUGCCUCCUCGGCCCAUCCCCCACCCUUACUCACACCUUCACCUCCAUCCUCCUCCUCCCCCUCCUCCUCCUCACCAUCCGCAUCACCUCCCGGUCCCUCCGGUCCCUCACUUACCUCCUCCUCCAGCUCUUUUUAAGAGUGAGCCUUUAAAUCACAGAGGUCAGAGCGAGGACAGCUUCCUGCGGCACCUGGCAGACAAGAACAGUUCGGCACAGCACCACUAACAGCUCUGCUUCCUGCCAGCUACCCCCCCGAGUUCACCCACCUGGAAAGCAUCCCUCCCCUUGGAAUCACAGAGGGCUUAGUCGAUGGAGGAGCUCUGCUUCCUGCCAGCUACCCCCUCCCGUUUUUAUCCACCUGGAAAGCAUCCCCUGGAGUCACAGAGGAGUUAGCUGAUGGAGGAGCUCUGCUUCCUGCCAGCUACCCUCCCGUUUUUAUCCACCUGGAAAGCAUCCCUCUCCUGGAAUCCCAGAGGAGUCAGCUGAUGGAGGAGCUCUGCUUCCUGCCAGCUACCCUCCCGUUUUUAUCCACCUGGAAAGCAUCCCUCUCCUGGAAUCCCAGAGGACUCAGCUGAUGGAGGAGCUUUGCUUCCUGCCAGCUACCCUCUCCCAUUUUUAUCCACAUGGAAAACAUCCCCUGGAGUCACAGAGGAGUUAGCUGAUGGAGGAGCUCUGCUUCCUGCCAGCUACCCUCUCCCAUUUUUAUCCACAUGGAAAACAUCCCCCAGGAAUCCCAGAGGAGUUAGCUGAUGGAGGAGCUCUGCUUCCUGCCAGCUACCCUCUCCCAUUUUUAUCCACAUGGAAAACAUCCCCCAGGAAUCCCAGAGGACUCAGCUGAUGGAGGAGCUCUGCCUCCUGCCAGCUACCCUCCCGUUUUUAUCCACCUGGAAACCACCCCCAGGAGUCACAGAGGAGUUAGCUGAUGAGGAUCCUUGUUUCCUGCCAGCUACCCUCUCCCAUUUUUAUCCACCUGGAAACCACCCCCUGGAGUCACAGAGGAGUCAGCUGAUGAGGACCUUUCUCCCCCCUCCACCCCUAAGCUCUCUACCAGCAGAUGAUUCCUAAUUCUGUUGUUUUGUUCUGGUUUUUUUCUGUCCCCCCCUCCCCUCAAUCAAUCAAAUCCUCUUUGGCUCAAACCUGGGAACCAAGAGGGGGAAGAAAAAAGAAAGCCCCAGGAAAAGGCCCCCCCCAGCCCAGACUUCACUUUCUGCCUGCCCUCCCCUGCCCUUCUCUGAGCUCAGCUCCUGGGUGGAAGUUUCUCAUCUCCUGUCAGCAGCUGAGGGAUUUUGCUUGCUUUUAUCUCCUGACCUUCUCCUCAAAGAGGAGCCAGGGUUGAGGGGGGGGGUGUGGGGAGAGAAGAGGGGGGAAAGAGGAAGGGAAAAGGGGGUCGGGGGGGGGUGGGGGGGCAGGGUUUUGGGGUUGUUUUUUUUCGGUUGUUGUUGGUUUAUUUUCUUUUUAUUUUCCUUUGUACUAAUCAGGCUGUGAGAUCUAAUUAAUACAGAGCAUUAAUUGUA